AUGAGUUCUCUUGGAGCCAACCUUACCUCAGCACUUGAUCCCACCUUCUUCAUUGAUGGAAUGACAGGAUUGUUGGCCUCCAACAUGCUGGUUGGUUUGCCGGCGAACAUCUAUGUUGUCUGGCUGAUCUUGAGUGGGACCAGCGGUCCUGUGGUCUCAGAGCUCUUCGCCCUGAACCUGGCCAUCUCUGAGAUCUUGUUCUGCUGCUUGUCCUUCUACGUGAUGCUUCACUUCCUGUUGAAGAUGUCCAUGGCAGUUGGGGUUGUGGUUCUGCAGGUGUUCUUAGAGAUCGGGUUUAUUUCUCGACCAGUUUUUCAGACCUGUAUCUGUCUGGAGAGGUACCUGGCUGUGGUCCAUCCUAUCCUGUUCAUCAGGUUCAAACCCCUGCGCUACAGGUUGGUGUCCUGCGUGUUCGACUGGCUGCUGAUCCUGCUGAACGUUAUUUUUCGUGCCUUCGUACUUUCCUUUGAUAUCUCAGUGUACUUUUUCAUAGCCAAGUCCCUGCUCUUCUUCUUCGUCCUGUUGUACUGUGGCAUCAGCGUUCUCCUCGUCCUGAAGCAGCCCGGUCCCGGGGACAAGGUCCGAAACUCUGAGAACAGCAACAGCAUGAAGAGGAAGGCCUUUAAAGUGAUCGCUGUCACCCUGGUGUUCACCAGUAUGACCCAGCUGCUGCAGGUCACCAUGCUGGGUCCAACCAUCCUGCAGCCGUCCCUGAAGCUCCUGCUGCAGGUCACUCUGUUCAGCCUGGCCGUUAAUAUACUCAGCAGCUUCGUCACCCCUCUGCUCUUCCUUCAGAGAGCUAAAAAACUGGUCUGCAUUCAGAUCUGA